AUGGAGUCAGAGGGUGAUGGAGUCAGAGGGCGAGUCAGAGGGUGGAGUCAGAGUGUGAUGGAGUCAGAGGGUGAUGGUGUCAGAGGGCGAGUCAGAGGGUGGAGUCAGAGGGUGAUGGUGUCAGAGGGUGAUGGUGUCAGAGGAGGGCGAUGGUGUCAGAGGGCGAGUCAGAGGGUGAUGGAGUCAGAGGGUGAUGGUGUCAGAGGGUGGAGUCAGAGGGUGAUGGUGUCAGAGGGCGAUAGAGUCAGAGGGUGGAGUCAGAGGGUGGAGUCAGAGGGUGGAGUCAGAGGGUGA